AAACGGCCUACCCAUCCCACAUCAAUUCGCACUUAAUCGAAACAGGUGCCAUGUGAGACCCCCUUGACACCAAGAACUUACACCGGAGGCGCCGACCUCGAGCGCCUGUAGAGAACAACCUCGUUCCGCGUAAAUCAUGGCGCCCGGCAAGAAGAAGGUGGCCAGUAUGGUCUACUACGAACUCAUGGGUAUAGAGGCGGACGCUACGCCCGAGCAGAUCAAGAAGGCGUACCGCAGGAAGGCGCUGCAGCUCCAUCCAGAUAAACGUGGCAACACGCCUGAGUCGCAGGAGGAGUUCACACGCAUGAAACAGGCGUACGACGUGCUCUCCGACCCGCAAAAGCGCGAAAUUUACGACCAAGUGGGCGAAGAUGGCAUUAAACUCAUGGAGGACUACGGCAACAUGAGUCCCGAAGAAAUGUCCAUCCUGCUCUUCCGUUCGAUGGGCGCGUUUGGCGCCAGGGGCAAGUGCGUUCUCAUAUUACUGGUAUCGCUUCUCUUCGGCUUCUUUCUGCUCAUCCCCAUUUUCUGGUGCCUCCGAGCGGACUCAACCAUCUCCUGGAACUGGGCUGUGGUCUGCAUCCCCCUCUGGAUCGUGGACGCCAUUUAUUAUUGCUGUUUGGGCUGCAUGCUCGCGUCCUCGGACGCUGGAGUGGACCCAGAGGACACAGCCAAGGAGAAACCACCACUCUACAAGGUCUACGCGUUCCUCAAGGCGCUAUUACUGCUGGUUUUGCAGGUUUUCCUAGCCCUCAAGCUCAAUGGAGACCUGAGCUGGACACUUAUCGAGGUGCUGAUCCCGUACUUUGUGUAUGACGGACUUAACCUGUUGGAAGCCCUAGCUGGAGGACUUCUGGGCUAUAAAAUGCUCACCAAGAACAGCGAAGGUGCUGGAGUGUCACACACAGAAGACAUCAAGAAGCAACGUGCAGCUCUAGUAGUAGCUGUGCUCAUGAAGGUGGUUUUGAACCUCGCUCGAAUCGCGCAAGGUGUGCUACUAGGACUCAAGGUGGACGGUAGUCUGGACGCCAGUUGGUGGGUUGUAUUCAUCCCCGUGUGGUUCUACGUCGCUUUCUUCGUGUCGUUCCCGAUCAGGAAAUAUUUCCGUGCCAAAACUAAAGCGAAAGAGCCCAAAUCCAACUCUCCCCGACAGUCGCACACGCACGAUGCGUACACCCGUGAGUCGGUAACAGAAGAAGAGGACGAGGCUGUAUCCAAGUUCCCGCUACUGGACGCUCUGUGCACGAUUCUUGUCAUUGGAGCGCUUAUGUCACCGUUUUUCAUCCUGUCGGCGAGACUACAGGACGGUUCAUUUUCCAGUAUCUACGUGCUGCUACCGUGGCUUAUUGUGGUUGGACUCGUUUUUUGCUUUAUUUGCUGCGCGAUUUCAUGCGUCAGCUUCAAUGACCCGGAGGAUGGCACUGCACCAGAACAGGCAGCGGCUGAGAACGCUCGAAGCUCUCCAUCUGCUGAAGAAGGUGCGGCUGCACGUGCAGAUUACGUAUCUGUGGACAUGGAUUAAGACGGGGGUGCAGUUGGCAGGCGCUAAAGCCGUUUGUCGCUUUGGCCCUCCACUGCUAAGUUCGCUUACGAUUCCUAUUUUAUUAAUGGAUCGAUUUUGUGGUGUGUUGUUGUGAAUUAUGCUGCAGCCGUGUGAUUCACGCCAGCUAUCAUAGAGUGUCUUCAGACCACGUCAAGCUGUCAUUGCAGCGUGUUGUCUUAGGUAACAUGUACAUUUGAAGUACAGUACUCACCGCAAUUAGUGUCACCGAUACUAUUUCACGGAAGGUGUUUUUCAUUUUCAUUUCCUUACAUAAAUUAAGUAUGAGCGU